AUGUCCUUCUUGAGGAAUUACUUCGGCACCACUGCUCCGGCAGCAUCUGCUCCGGCAGCAGAGGGAAACACUCCUAUCCGAGCUCUCCCUGCUACCUGGUACACCUCUCAGGCCAUGUAUGAGCUUGAACAGCGCUCCAUCUUCGGCCGCAAGUGGCUUCUCACCACCCACAAGGCUCGCGUUCCCAACCCUGGUGACUGUGUGAAGUAUGACGCUGCCGGCUACGAGUUCGUUGUCGCCCGCGAUCUGCAAGGAAACGUGAGCGCAUUCCACGCAAGCGAUCUCCUCCCGGCCCACACCCACAUCGACCGCAAUGGCUUUGUGUGGGUCAACAUGGAUGCCAGCGAGACCCCCGAGGUCGCCUGGAAGGAUGACUUUGAGGGUGUGGAUGAGCAGCCCCGAUUCCAGUACUACAACUUCGAUGAGUACAACUUCGACCACACCUGGGACAUGGAGGGAGACUUCAACUGGAAGAUUCUUGCCGACAACUACAACGAGUGCUACCACUGCCUUGUUGCCCACCCUGACAUCCCCACAAUUGCCGAUCUCAACUCCUACUACGUCAAGACCAAAGACGGCCACAUUCAGCACUACGGUGCCGCCCGACAAGACCAGAUCGACAAGGGCUUCCGCAUCGCCACCACUUACUUCUGGCCCAACGCCUCUUUCAAUGUCUCUCCCAACUUCUUCUUCAUGCAGCGCUUCACCCCUGUCAGCCCUACGAAAUCCGUCAUGCGCUACGAGGUCUACCGCCACAAGGACGCAACAGACGAAGCAUUCAACUUGAUCAGUGACAUGUACAAGCGCAUCAUGUCUGAGGACAAGGUUCUCUGCAUGCUCUCGCAGAAGAACCUGAACGCAGGUGUCUUCGUCAACGGCCAGCUCCACCCCAAGAUGGAGCUCGGCCCCCUUCACUUCCAGAAGACCAUCCGCGAUGUCGUUGUCGAGCAUCACGAGAAGGAAGAAGCCACCGGCCACAAGAUUUGGCCUGCUCACCGCCGCGUCGUCGAGGCCCCCUCUAUCGAGAAGGAGGCUACUUCCACCGUCCAGGAAGUUGCUGCAGACGACUUCUCGUUCCGCACUGGAGCCGAUGCCUACACUGAGGCGGAUUACUCCAUGAACAGUGGAUUUGCGCCUGCCAUCGUUGUCUAG